UCACUAAUGUAUAUGUGCGUGUAGUCCUUGUGUAAAAUGUGGAAUACACUCAUUGCAAUUUUAACAAUAUUUGACUUUGGUGUUUGUGAAACGGUUUAUCAUGUUAUAGGAUCAGCUGUUACAUUUUCUUGCCAUGGGAACAGUGGUGUUGUUUGGAAAGGACCAUAUGAUAGCAGCAGGAUUUAUUCAGAAGCAAAUCACAUAAAUGAAAAUCUGCCAAUAAAUUUAAGCAGUCGUUUAUUUACAAUUGGAAAUAUUCUGAAAUUAGUUAAUUUACAGUUAACCGACACGGGGUUGUACGAAUGCUUCGUAGAUAUCAAUACGAAAAUUCCAGUAAAAACCUUCAAUCUGUCGUUUCCCGCGCUUUUGAGCUCAUCAACUCCGUCUUACUAUAGAUAUAUGUUGUUGGAUGCCGAUUCACAGAACCUUUUUGUAGGUUAUAUGAAUCAUUUAGAUAUACUGGAUAUUUCCGACCAGCCAGUGUUCCCAAUCCAACCGAAGUCGUCGUAUUAUUUCACACCUAUUCAAAGCAACUUAGACUACUGUAAACUUUCUAAACCAGAGGUACCAUAUUGUCAGAAUCAUAUAAAGUUUAUAACUAAAAAGAAAGACGAUAUUUUGUUUGUUUGUGGAACCAACGCAGAUGCACCUAAAGGAUUUGAAAUCAAUACAACAAGCACUGUUACAACAUUUGGAUCGGAUGACAAAUUAACAGCCGUACCAUGUUCAAAUGAUCCAUUUCACAAUUUCACAGCUAUUUACAUUAAAUCUAAGAGUUCUAGCAAUGAUGAUGAUAUUUAUUAUGGUAGCACAUUGCAUUCUGAAUCAACAAUUCAGAGACCUAUAUUCGGUACUAAUGAUUAUAUGAAAGGCGUAAUAAGUAACAAGUGGAUGAAAGAUCCACAGUUCGCAGGCUCUUUUGAUGUUGAUGAUAGAGUAUUCUUCUUCUUCCGAGAGACAGCUGUAGAUGUACCUCCAAAUGAAUACAAAGUGUAUUCCAGAGUUGCCAAAGUUUGUAAGAAAGAUAUCGGAGGAAACUCAUUACUCAGGAAUAAAUGGACGAGCUACCAGAAGACUAGACUUAACUGUUCCAUUCCAGGGUCAUUCCCGGUAUAUUUUGAUAUCAUACAGGAUGUAGUAACGAUAGAUAACAGCAUUUUCUACGGGUUGUUUACAACCAGAACCGGAAAUCCUGCUUCAGCUAUAUGUGCAUUCAGUUUAGUAGAAAUUGACAAAGUUUUUAAAGGUUCAUUUAAAUAUCAGCCCGAUUCUAACUCCUAUUGGCAGGAGAAGACAACCUCUCUAGACCCCAGACCGGGACAGUGUUCAAACGAUUCAAUGUCGCUAUCUGAGGCCAACCUCCAAUUCAUUGCCGACAAUCCCUUAAUGUAUGCAACAGUACAACCAUUAAAUGGAGAACCAAUUUUUGUGUUGUAUCAGACGGAAUUACAACAUCUAGAAUUUCAUCGAAACUUAACCGAAAUGGUGUUUUAUGCUGCCUCAAAUACUGGAAAGAUAUAUAAAGUAUUUUAUAAGGAUGACAAGAAGACAUAUGUCUCAGGUAUAUACUCGGCUUCUCUGGAUCAAGAUGUUAUUUGGUCCAUGAAACAGCAUGAAGGUUCAGUGUACAUAGGGACGGAUACUAAAGUACAACAGAUUAAUGUGAUCAAUUGUGAGCAGUACCGACGAAUAGAUUCCUGUGUAAAGGAUCCUCAUUGUGCUUGGAUCAACAAAACAAAUUUAUUACCAGAAACUGAAUUCAAUAUCAAGUGUCGUGCACUUACUUAUAUUCAAGAACACCAACUGACAAAUAAGGAAGGAGUUUACACCCACAUUAAUUACAAUCUGUCCAUGGAAAAUCUAUAUACUGGUCAUCCGGACAAACCGAAACAUUUGAAAGUCACAAAGACAACAGUGGACACAAUAUACCUCCAAUGGUUACCAGGAAAUAAUGGAGGAUACACCCAAACGUUUGUCUUCGAUUAUCAGAUUGAAAGUUCAAGUUCUUGGACUACACAAGAGUACAACCAGGGAGUCAUUGAUGAAAGUUUUCAAACUUAUCAAAUAACUGGACUUGUAAAUGGCAAAGUAUAUGUAAUAAAGAUGUGUGCGAAGAAUAUAAUUGGUAGCAGUCAACAUACUGAUGUAAUUUCUGUAUCGACAGCAAGCAGAGGUGUAGACCGCUAUAAAAUUCUUUUCGUAGUUGCGAUCAGUAUUCUCGUACUCAUUGCACUAGUUUUCCUAGCCAUAUUGUGCAAAUGGUGCUUUGAACGACACAAAAGAAAGGCAGACGAUAAUAAAGUAGGUGCAAACAUUCCAAGCAAAGCAAAGCCUUCAAAUGGAGAGGCUGUUUUUCAAACUGAAGACGAAACGAUAAAUAUGAAAUCAAAUAACUUAACUCAAAUCAAAAACUACGAAAAAGAAGAAAUAAAUCGAGCUCGUCAACUUGAAGAAAUUCUGUGUAGUGAAUGCAUUACGAAGUUUGAUAAAAUCAAAAUGUGUAUACAAGACCAUGCUUAUGCAAAAGAAAAUAGCACAACUUCUUUUUAAACCAUCUUUAUGUAUAUCGGUAACCCACCUUUAUAUCUACUAUGAUUCGUGCACAUACUUUCAUGGAAAACAGUGGAAAAUCUUGUAUAUAGAUUUAUGCUUGGAGCCUAGUUCUAAUGAAUAGAUUACGCAAUAUGUACAUACAUUUUGUUUUAAGAAAUUUACCACUGCAUAUUUCGAAGUGGUUAUUUACAUUGACUGAUGGAAUAUCCAGAUGGAGAAACAUUGGAAAAAACAAAAACUGAAAUAUUUGAUUAAUUGUUUAAUUAACGAACUUUUUUUUGACUGAAAAAUGAUCCAAAAUAGAAAAAACAGAUCGAGUGGUCCUUCAAAUUGGUUGUUACUUUUCAUACAAGGAGCUAUUUAAUAAACCCUUUUGAGGAGAAAUUGUACUAUUUACAAAUAAAAUGAUUAGAUGCCAUGGAGUUUGCUAUAUAUUGCACUUUUGAUAAUAUAUUUCCCUGAAUGAUGAGAUAUAUUGUCCUUUCUUCAAUGUGUCAAAUGUUAUUUCAGUAAUUGUCAAUAACAAUAAGAAAGGCUAUGAUCUCAGUUUUGCUUGCCCAAAUCAUGAGCCUAGUUAUCGGCCGUCUUUGUUAUAUCUUAUGUUUAUGUCAUUUGGCAAAUGUAUAUUGGUCGCAUAUUAUGUAGUACAUUUGUAAUUUGUUGAAGUAUGUUAUGGUUUCUUGUGUUGGUUAGUUCUGUUUAUUGAUGCACAUCAGACAUCUGUUUCGCUGGAUCUCUGGUUAAAGAUUGUCUCAUUACUUUUUAAAAUGCAAAAAAGGUUACAUAGACAGAUCAUGUAUUAACGAUGAUUUAAAAAAAAAAGAAUAUUCAUAUAAAUUUUUUAACUUAUUGUUCGGAAAUAACGAGACAAUUUCAAAACCACUGUAAUGCUUUUAGAAAGUUUGUUAUUUCAUUUAACAGUUAAACAAUUUUUUAUAUUCCCAGUCAGUAGUUAGGCGGUAGUGUGCAGCAGUUUGUCUUUUGCGUUUCAAUUUGCCAAGGAUAUGUUUUGGUCUCAAGAAUAGGUGAAUUAUAUAUAUAUAAAAAGUACUUUUAUGGAAAGACAAAUAUUGGAAUCAAGCGUAUUAAAAUAUCAUCAUAUAUGCCUAUCAUAGUACUCCUAGAUAUUGAUAUUUUACAAAUUUCGGGAAAGCAUUUCAAUGAGAAUACACUUUAAUGUUGGCAUAUCUUUGAUAGUCCUUGUUCAGUUUAUUCACAACUGUUUUACACGCUAUGUCUGUUGUUGACGACUUUAUGAUGCCUUCGUGAGUGUUUAGUUAUACAUUUAUUGUACUUGUCGCUGUGUUGCUGUCUCAUAUUCGUAUACACUGCAUCUCUUUAAGUCAUACGAAGAAUAAGAUAUUAAGCGGCAAGUACAGAAAGGUAUAUAAAAGAAUACAAAAUAGAAAGACCCUCGUUUAUGGCAUCAAUAAGAUUUCUAUUGCAGACAAGCCGAUUUCAGCAUUACAGAGAGCGUAAUGUAACAAUAAUGUACAUUUCAAUUAAUGUCUAUGUCAUGUAUGUUUUGAACAAUACAUGUAUCACAAUAACUUUGUAAAACAUCUAAUAAAGCGACUUGUAAGAUAUAAGUUUGCUACCAUUUUUGCAUGCGUUUUUGAUAUGAUUGACUAUUAAGAUCAGUCGCUUUAAAUUGUUUUUUGAAACUGUUCACACAAAGUUUUC